CUAAAGAGCUAACGCUAAGUGCUCAGAGCUCAAACUUUUGAUCGGAGACAAAAACCUGAGGCAACCCGACACAAGAAUCCAUCAUGAAUGUAGUAGAUCACGUACGGGACAUGGCAGCCGCCGGCCUUCACUCCAACGUCCGGAUAGUUAGCAGUUUGUUGCUGACGAUGAGCAAUAAUAAUCCAGAGCUUUUUUCACCAGCACAGAAGUACCAGCUGCUGGUUUACCACGCUGACGCCAUCUUCCACGAUAAGGAAUACCGUAACGCCGCCUGCAAGUACAGCAUGGCUCUGCAGCAGAAGAAGGUGCUCAGCAAAACCUCCAAAGUCCGGACGUCCACCGGAGGAGCUGCAGCCAACAUCCAAGCACAGAGUUUGCCUUCAGAGAUCGAGGUGAAGUACAAGAUAGCCGAGUGUUACACCAUCCUGAAGCUGGACAAGGACGCGAUCGCCGUGCUGGACGGAAUUCCCUCCAGACAAAGAACUCCAAAGAUCAACAUGAUGCUGGCGAACCUGUACAGGAAGGCGGGUCAGGAGCGAUCGGCUGUGACCAGCUACAAGGAGGUGCUCAGACAGUGUCCGCUCGCUCUGGACGCCAUCAUCGGCCUGCUGUCCCUGUCGGUCAAAGGAGCCGAGGUGGCGUCCAUGACGAUGGACGUGAUCCAGAGCAUCCCCAACCUGGACUGGCUGUCGGUGUGGAUCAAGGCGUACGCCUUCAUCCACGCAGGAGACAACCAGAGAGCCAUCAACACCAUCUGCUCCCUGGAGAAGAAGUCUCUCCUGCGGGACAACGUGGACCUCCUGGUGAGCCUGGCUGACGUUUACUUCCGGGCAGGUGACACCAAAAACGCCAUCCUGAAGUUCGAACAAGCCCAGAUGUUGGACCCGUACCUCAUUAAAGGAAUGGACGUGUACGGCUACCUGAUGGCCCGCGAGGGCCACCUGGAGGACGUGGAAGUCCUGGGAGGGCGGUUGUUCAAUAUAUCCGACCAGCACGCAGAGCCCUGGGUGAUCUCUGGGUGUCACAGCUUUUACAGCAAGCGCUACUCCAGAGCGCUCUAUCUGGGCGCCAAGGCCAUCCAGCUGAACAGCAACAGCGUGCAGGCGCUGCUCCUGAAGGGGGCGGCGCUGAGGAACAUGGGCCGCGUGCAGGAGGCCAUCAUCCACUUCAGAGAGGCCAUGCGGCUGGCGCCCUGCCGGCUGGACUGCUACGAAGGCCUCAUCGACUGCUACCUGGCGUCCAACGGGAUCCGGGAGGCGAUGGGCAUGGCCAACAACAUCUACAAGACGCUGGGGGCCAACGCGCAGACGCUGACCAUCCUGGCCACGGUGUGCCUGGAGGACCCGGUGACGCAGGAGAAGGCCAAGACGCUGCUGGACAAAGCGCUGGCUCAGAGGCCCGACUACACCAAGGCCGUGGUGAAGAAGGCUGAGCUGCUCAGUCGGGAGCAGAAAUACGAAGAAGGGAUCGCUCUCCUGCGGAACGCCCUGGCCAAUCAGAGUGACUGCGUGCUGCACAGGAUGCUGGGAGAUUUCCUGGUGGCGGUCAACGACUACCAGGAAGCCAUGGACCAGUACAGCAUAGCGCUAAGCCUGGAUCCCAACGACCAGAAGUCCCUGGAAGGCAUGCAGAAGAUGGAGAAGGAGGAGAGUCCCACGGACGCCACGGUGGAGCUGGACGGGGACGACAUGGAGGGCAGCGGCGAGGACGGAGACCUGGAGGGCAGCGACAGCGAGGCGGCCCAGUGGGCCGACCAGGAGCAGUGGUUCGGGAUGCAGUGACCCCCGGGGUCGGGGAGGGGGCGGCGCCGAGAGGUCGCCUGACCUCGGGACUGUGACGGAAGCUUCCUCCUCGCCCGGCUCUCCAGCAGACUGUUGAAACUGCGGCGGCGCGGCGUCGUCUUAACCUGCAGUGUUUCUAAACGGAUCUGGUUCCUCAGGUCCGUCGUGUAUUUUCUUGUGACUUUGCCUUUGUGUAUCAUAAAUAACCUCGAUGUUCCGUCACUCUUACUUCGGGACACUUUGCCGUUUCAAGAUUUGUAGUAUUUUGUACAUAGAUUUUAAAAAUGUAUAAUAAAUUUAUUGAACCCUCUGAA